AUGGUCCGCCUCAAAAACCGCUACCUCCUCGUGGACAUCCUCUACCCAGAUCCAAAGACCUGGCCGGCAACCUCAACAACAAAACCACACAACCCUCAAUUGGCAAUCCACUCUCCAACAUCUGACGCCCUAACCCAAGGCUUCCUAGCCAAGAUGAUCCGCGAAUCCGUCGCAGAGCUAUACGGCGACUGGGGAAUCGGCAAGCUAGGCGGUGCCUCCGCAGGCGGAAUUACGAUAAAAUACCUCUCACCAGCAACAUCCACCGCCAUAGUGCGGUGUCCACGCGCCUCCUUCCGCCUCGUCUGGUCAGCGCUUACGUACAUGUCCGGCGUGCCGGAGCCGGCAAAUGGCCCGAAACGCGCGGGGACGGGACGCGAGCGUGGGUGUGUUUUCCGCGUGAUUCGGGUCUCGGGGACGAUGCGGAAGGCCGAGGAGGAGGCUAUUCGGAGGGCUAGGAGGGAGAUUGUUAGGGUUAAGGAUGCGGAGGAGAGGGGGGUUCUUGGGGGUUUGGUUGGUGGGUCUAGUGUUGUUGAUUGUGUUAUGGAUGAGAGUGAGGAUGAGGGGAUGGUUGGGGAUGAUUGA